AGCUGAGAACCAGUCCACGUUCCCUUGAUUAGCGGAAUGGCGCAUCUCCAGUGCGGCAGUAAAGGCGAGGUAGGCAGAGUGUGCUGGAAAUAGCCCUGAAAUCAGAUCCGACACUGGCUGCUGGGAAGUGGGGUACAGAGGGGCGAUCAUGUCGGAACAAACUGCGUCUGAGCGUGACAAACCAGACGAUGACGAUGACCGUGGAGGAGGGGAAGGUGAAGGGCGUGGCGGCGACGGUAAAGGAGAAGGUGAAGGACGUGACGGCGACGGUAAAGGAGAAGGUGAAGGACGUGACGACAGCGGGGCGGAGCGACCAUCUGUAUUUGACCCCGACUAUCUGUUGCGUCUGUUGGCAGACUGUAUCAGUUACAAGUCCUCUCUACACGACAUUGGUGUCAUUCUGAGGUGUGGCAACGUCGUCAACGGCUCCGUCAAGAGAGGUUUGCGUCCACUUCACUACGCAGCCUACUCCGACUACGCCGAAUGUGUGAGGUUCCUGCUGGAAAAUGGGGCCCAGGUGAACCAGCCCGACGACAUCGGGUACACGCCCAUACACCUGUGUGCCAGGAAGGGCAGCUUGGAGUCAAUGAAGAUACUCAUCGAACAUGGUGCUUGGGUGGAUUUCUUUACAGAUGACAACAACAUUGAUGAAAACAUGAAGACUCUCGGCUACCACACGAUUGAGCCACUGAAUCUAGCCAUAGAAAACAACCACAUCGAGUGCAUGCGACUUCUUCUGGAAAAGGGUGCGAGACCAGAUCACAAAUAUUUCAUGGGUUAUGAAAUAAAUCUGGUUCCUUUGGAGAAUAUCGAGUGUCUAGAGUUACUGCUUCAGUUCGGAGCGGACCCUAACGUGUGCAACAGAUGCGGAGUGGCGCCAUUGAUGAAAGCUUGCAGACAACACAACCUGGAGGCCGUAAGACUCUUGUGCAAAUAUGGGGCAGAUAUCAACCUAACGUGCUCUCCAAGAUUUGAGCAGAAAACAGCUCUACAUUUCGCAGUCCAGAAGGGCAAUCUAGCUAUUACGUCAUAUCUCCUACGGCAUGGGGCUCAACCAGGCCGACCUGCAAACUACAAGUAUGCCGCCCUGCACACUGCUGUCACUGCAGAUCGCCCCGACAUAUGCGACAUACUUAUUAAAUGGGACGCUGAGGUGGACGAGGUGACGGACGAGAACACCACACCGUUGAUGCUAGCUUGUGCCACUCCACAUCUGAAACAGCAGAGGGAGAUAGUGGAGGUGUUGCUAAAACACGGGGCCAACCCGAAUGCUCAUUCCGACGUCCUGACCUACACCUCCCCAUGCCUCGCUCCCCUUACCGAGUACCUCCGGUGUAUAGCUGAUUCUGUGACUAUCGAGGUCCCUCGGUUGCUGAUCAAAUACGGUGCCAACGUCAGUUUCAAGGGAUCUUCGUCUGUGACGCGACUGAAAGACCCUUUCGGAAUACUUCACUACCUACCCAACAGCCGCGUGGAGAAUAGAGAAGAGAUCUUCCACUUGCUGAUCGAGGCAGGUUCAGUGUUUGACCUGAGCGCUAUCCGACUCUCCACGGGACUGACUAUCUACCAGCGGACACUUCUGAUGGAAGUGGGUGCCCGCCCCCUGCCGGCUCGGCAACUGCUUCGUUUGUUCUUGAGGAAACAUCUGGCAGGCAACUUGCCAGAGAAGGUGGCGCUUCUUCCGGUGCCGGAUAUUAUCAAGAAGUACAUUUUGUUUGAUGCAUAAAACAUACUAUUGUAUGUAUGUUUGUUAAAUAGUGGAGUGAAAAGAAUAACCA